AUGGAUUUAUCAAAAGUAUACAAUUUUUUUAAUUUAUUAUUAUUAUUUUCUAGCUCAGUAGCAUUUGUAUUGAAUGUUAAUACAUUAACAAGUUUACUCAAGUAUGUAUUACCAUUAAAUAAUUAUGAAUUAGGAUUUUUUACUAAGAGGAAUCUUGCAGAAACGGUUCAAGAAACAAUAUUUGAUGAUGGAAUUGAUGAAAGAGCAAAUUUUUUGAGUGGAAAAGAUCUAUUAAGUAGAUUCAUUUAUGCGGAGUUUUCAUCAUCUUAUGAAAUAUUAAGUGAUUAUAUAAAAGAAGGUAAUUGUAAACAUGAUACUAUGUACAAUAAAGAAAAAAACCUUUCGAUUAUUUAUGGUAGAUUCAAAGUAGAGGGAAUAUCGUUGUCAUUUGCAGAAUUGAUGGAUGUAUAUAGUAGAAUAAUUAAACGUAUUAAUUUACAACACUAUCAUGAGACAGAUGAGAGGAUCAAUCGCAUGUCCCAUAUUUUGUUGUUAGAACAUUCUUGUUCUCAAGGAUUAUUGAAUAAUAUAUAUAAAGGAGAAGAUGUAAUAAAUAUAAGUGAUAUUACACCAAUUUUAAGGAAUGUGAUAUAUGAUGUUUAUAAAAAAUUGGAAGGAAUACAUAUACCAUUUUUUAAUCAUCAUAAUUAUGAAUUAGCAAUAAUAAUAGAAAAUUCUGUUAAAGAUGCUUCUAAAAUUAUAAUAAUAGAUUUCUUAAACACGAAAAAAAUGAAAGUUAUGUGGAGCAAUUAUUUCAUAUUGAAUAUAGCACUUUACACAGUAGUUAAAAAUUUAUAUAAUAAAUCAUGUGAUAAUGAAUAUAGUAUGCAUAUUGAUUCUAUUAUAAUAGAUACACUUUAUUAUUUAUAUAAAGAAAUGAAUAUCGAUAUAUCAUAUGAUCAAUUUAAGAAUUCAUAUCUCAGAAUAAUGGAACGUAUUGUUAAAUUAGAUCCUAGUAACUUAACAUUGACUGUAGUUCACCAGUUGUAUAAUAUUUAUUAUUUGGAAAAACUAAUAUCUGUACAUUAUGUAACAGAAGAACUGAAAAAGUUUCGUGAAUCAAAUUUAAAAGAGUACUUCAAAGAUAUGGAAAAUGUAAAAGCAUUAGUUACUGAAACUUUACGAUUAAAUUCUGUUUCAUUACCAUUGAAGGAUGUGAAUGAAAUGACCCAUAGAAUAUUUAGAUCUACUGAAGAUAUUAUCUAA